UUCGAAUCAAAGAAAAGUUAAACAAGAAAUAUGGCACCCAAAGUUGCAGAGAAGAAGCUAGCAUCUAAAAUGCCAGCGGGAAAAUCACCUUUAGAUAGGAAGGAUGUAGGAAAAAGAUCAUCAGACAAGAAAAAAAAAAUGAGAUCACGUAAAGAAACAUAUUCAUCAUAUAUUUACAAGGUGCUUAAGCAAGUUCAUCCAGACACGGGUAUAUCUAAUAGAGCAAUGUCUAUUCUUAAUAGCUUUGUAAAUGAUAUUUUUGAACGUAUCGCUUCUGAGGCUUCAAAACUUGCUUCUUAUAAUAAAAAAUCGACUAUUUCUUCACGCGAAAUUCAAACAUCUGUUCGUUUGAUACUUCCAGGUGAACUUGCGAAACAUGCAGUGUCUGAAGGGACAAAGGCUGUAACAAAAUAUUCGUCAUCUAGCAAGUAA